UGGCAACAUACCAUGAUCUUCGCCUCUUACGACCUUGGGAAUAAAUGGAGUUUUUGUUUUUCGGAGAAGCCAUUUUCAUGACGGCGAUACUUUUUCACUCGGAUGGCGGUAUACUUGUUGGUUGGUUUGUUGGAAGCUUCCUGCUCUGGGCAUGGAUAUUCCACCCCUCCACGAGAAGUGGGCGGGAUAGAGGAGACAAAGCAUUCAAGAAGGGAAAGUCUUUUUGUGUGCUCGUUGUACCCCCCUACCUCAUGUCAUUGUAUACCCCCUUGCUUUUGGCCUGAGUUUUAUACCACCCACUAUACUCUACCGUGUUGGAUACACGGACGAAGAGUGUUUUUUUCCUACUAUCAUUUGUCAACCGUUUUUCUGUUUCUGAUUUUAUUUCGUUUCUCUUUGUCUGUCUUCAAAUCAUGCUAGGGCAUCACAACGGCGUCUUGGGGUAGUGGACAGUAAGAGGAGGCCGGAGGAGGAAAGCAAGUCACCCCGAGAAUAUGGGAGACAGACACCACGCUACAUAGUUAGCGU